AAUUUAUUUUAUUUAUUCAUACGCCAUUUUCAAAAUGCUCAAACAUGUGCUGUACGGAAAGGUAACAGGACGGCGUCGUAUCAUCGAGAUUAGGUCAACGAUCUCAGUUAAGAAUUUCAAAACCAAAAAACUGAAGGGAAAACCGUUGUAUAUUUCUAUGAAUGGCAAGAUUUUUCUUUUUCAUAACAUCUCAUCUAUCUCUAACAUAUUCAGGUUACUUGCAAUCAAAUUUCUAAUACCCAUUUUUAAAAUAGUGGAUCGAAGUGCGGUUGCCUCUUUUCUGAGCUGAAGAUCUAUCCCACGCAUAAGAGACGCUGAUUUGUACAAGUGCGUGACUCCAACUCAAGAGCAUUAUCUAGAGGGGCUUUACUAAAUUCCCCUGAUCCUGGUUUAGAGAUAAAUAUGACAGAGGACAUAAAUAAGGGUUCCCAAAGUGGCGAAAGAAGCUUCAAAAGUCAUCAGCUAAACGGCUUGCCAGAUGAGGUCUCUAGUCCAGUUAGAAGAGAGGUAGUCAGCAGAUCAGCUCUUGGAAUGAACACUCCAAGCAAUUAUGAUGAGAUAGAUGUGGAGAGUGGAAAAUUGGAGGAGGGUAGAGAAAAAACAGUGCGUAGUAGUAAAAGAGUACUUAGAAUACACAACCAGGCCUUGUUGGCUGGCCUUGCAUAUUGUUUUUCUUCCUGUAGCAUGAUAUUGGUUAACAAGUACGUCCUCUCCAGUUAUAACUUUAAUGCUGGAAUAUCUUUGAUGCUAUACCAGAAUUUUGUCUCAGUGAUUAUUGUUGUCACUUUGAGUUUCCUUGGCAUAAUUACCACAGAACCACUUACCUGGAGAUUAAUGAAAGUCUGGUUGCCUGUAAAUGUUAUAUUUGUUGGGAUGCUGAUCACUAGUAUGUUCAGUCUAAAGUACAUUAAUGUUGCCAUGGUCACUGUUCUGAAGAAUGUAACCAAUGUAAUGACUGCUGUUGGUGAAAUGUAUUUAUUCAACAAGCAUCAUGACAACAGAGUUUGGGCAGCUCUUUUCUUAAUGAUCAUUUCAGCAAUAUCUGGAGGAAUUACAGAUCUCUCUUUUCAUGCCAUUGGAUACACGUGGCAAUUCAUCAAUUGUUUUUUGACAGCAUCCUAUUCUCUGACUUUGCGUAGAGUCAUGGAUACUGCAAAGCAAGUCACUAAAUCUGGGGACUUGAAUGAGUUCUCAAUGGUCCUGCUAAAUAAUACCCUUUCGCUGCCCCUAGGAACAUUACUCGUUCUUGUAUUCAAUGAGGUUGAUUAUCUUUCAAGAACACCACUUUUGAGGCUGCCCACCUUCUGGCUGGUCAUCACGCUUAGUGGAUUCUUGGGUUUGGCAAUAAGCUUCACUUCCAUGUGGUUUCUACAUCAAACCGGGGCUACUACAUACAGCCUUGUUGGUUCGCUAAAUAAGAUACCUCUUUCUGUUGCUGGUAUCCUUCUUUUUCACGUUGCAACAAGUUUGGAAAAUUCUGCAAGCAUAUUCUUCGGCUUACUGGCUGGAGUGUUUUUUGCAAGAGCAAAAAUGCGUGAUAGAACUCGAUCUUGAAGAGAUUAGAAUUACACCUGGAGAUCAACUUUCUUAUUUAUACCCUGAACAUUUCUCUUUUGACAAAAAAGAGUUGGAUAAUCUUACAUAGUAUGAGAUCUUCGAGUUCCUUUUGCAUACUGUUGGGAAAUGGGUUAUUGUUUUCCCCUUAGCUGUUGCAGAAACCAUUAAGAGACUGAAUUACAAAAUUAUCGAAAAUCAAUGUUACGUAUAAGUGUUGGUUAAUUUCAUUUUUCCCUUGUUGCGAAAUUUUGUUAGCUAAGUUUUGCUGGUUAUUUCACUUGAGCCACUUCUGCGACGUGACCUGCAUACCACUAAGCAGUAUCAAG